CCCACCCGCUCGUUCGUUCGUUCUCCGCAACCUCGGACCUAUCUCCUUCCUUUGAAGAGAUCAAAGGUCGAUGAUUUGUUGCUACAUCCACACGUCUGAAAAAGUCCAGCUUGACUACAUCUCUGACCAAAUCUGGAAAACCUCCGGUCUAUAAAUCGCAUCCCGCACCGUCCUCUCUGUGAUUCGUAUCGAUCUGCUGCAAUGAACACCAUCCUCAAGCAUUCGUCCCAGGCCUCCGUUGCCCGUUCCUUCGGCGGCCCCGCCCCCAAGGGUCUUGUUCCCACCCUGUCCAACUCUCUUGCCCAGCGCAAGGCAUUCUACCACAUCCCCUACGGCGGACCUGAUGUCUGCUUUGGCGGCGUCAAGCACUUUGUUGCCCUCAAGGACUUUUCGACUCCUCAGGUUCUCUCGCUCGUGCGCCGGGCCCUGGAAAUCAAGGCCUUCAUGAAGGCCGAGUCGACGCACUCGACCCCCAAUUCUCUCCCUUUCAAGGGCAAGACUCUUGCCAUGAUCUUCACCAAGCGAAGCACCCGUACUCGUGUUUCUGCCGAGGCCGGAUGGGCCUACUUUGGUGGCCAUCCCAUGUUUUUGGGCAAGGAGGACAUCCAGAUCUCUGGCGGAGAGCCCCUGAUGGACACUGCCAUUGUCGUCAGUAGCAUGGUUGACGCUAUCCUGGCCCGAGUUGGCGAGCACUCUGAGAUUGAGACCUUGGCGGCUCAUUCUACGGUUCCCGUCAUCAACGCGUUGACGGCCAAGUUCCACCCGCUGCAGAUCCUUGCCGAUCUGAUGACUCUCUACGAGACCUAUCUUCCCGAUUGUCUCGAUCACGAGGGCCCCCUUCCCCUUCCGCUAUUCAAGAACCUGAAGGUCGCCUGGGUUGGCGAUGCCAACAACAUCCUGCAUUCUCUCAUGACCACUUUGCCCCGUGUUGGCAUUUCGUUUUCGGUUGCCACACCCAAGGGCUACCAGCCCGAGUCUGACGUUGUCGAGUUCGCCCUCAAGAACUCGCGUGGCGGCGAAAACGGCGACGAAUCGUAUGGCGAGAUCAGCUUCACCACCGACCCGCUCGUCGCCAUCAACGGCGCCGAUGUCAUCAUCACCGAUACCUGGGUCUCGAUGGGCCAAGAGGCCGAGAAAGCCAAGCGCCUGAUGGAGUUUGCCGGCUACCAGAUCACCGAGGCCAUGGCCAAGUCUGGCCAUGCCAAACCCAACUGGAAGUUCAUGCACUGCCUGCCCCGCAAGAAAGAAGAGGUUGACGACGAGGUCUUCUAUAACCCUGCCCGGUCGAUCGUCUUCCCCGAGGCUGAGAACCGAAAGUACACGGUCAUGUCUGUCUAUGAGAUGCUCAUGAUCCGUGCCCGCGAUGACUGAUUGAUCUGGCAAAGAUGUGUGCCAUCGCUGCGUCCCCUCCACAACUCCUCCCCUGUAUGCAUUUCUUUCUUUUUCCUUAAUGCCAUGAACGACACGGAUCACGCGCACGCCUGAUUCGAUUGCUGGUUGCUGCCUUUUGUUUUCCCUGGCGCUCCAAAUACACACCCAUUUAUCGAUAUCGAGAACCUGCGCUCUGGGCAGCAAACUCACUCGGAAACAAUACACCCCCAACACGCGG